UCUGCUGGAGCGCGAAACACUACGUUGACUUGUACUGUGAAUUUUGAAAAUGCUUUGACGUUAAAAAAAAGAUAUAUAUAUAUAUAUAUAUAUAUAUAUAUAUAUAUAUAUAUUUGUAUAAAUUGGUGGCUUAUCUGCCAUUCGUAAGCAUGGCGAUGCAAAGGCUAGAACAAGAAUAUGCUUUGAAUGAAAGAGGAAGGUUUUUCAUAGCAUCUGAAACGCAAGACGACUGGGACGAGAAUGAUCAUGUGGAUCACCAUCAACUUAUUUUAUUCAAAGCUGAAGCUUUAGCGUCAGAAAACCGUCUCAAAGAGGCUGUCGAUAUGUUUGCCAUGGCUCUCCGGUAUGGCCCUGUUCGACCGGACCAACUGAGCACUUUAGUGGGAUGCGUUCUGCGCAACUUCAAGACGAAAUCUGGGGAAGAGUCUCCUAGAAAGAGUGAGCCAGAAUGGACAAAAGAGGGGGAAUUCGACUGCCCCGGUUGUCAUAGUUUUAUAGGCGAGCCUGUGACGGUGACCUGUGGACAUUCGUAUUGUAGAAGAUGUUUACAACAAAACCAUUUCUCCAAAUGUAAACUUUGCAGUGAGGACAUCACGAUGAGGCCCGGGGAACUCCGAGUCAACGUGAUCUUAUGUGGACUUAUAGAGAAGUGGUUUCCCGAAGACGUUAAAAGAACGAGAUGCGUAGGGGAAGCCGAAAGCCUAUUGAGGAGUAAACAGUACGACAAGGCUAUUGCACUAACGAGUAAAUUAUUAGAAUCUGACAUUAGUAAUGUGUGGGCGCGGGCGUGCCAUGCUGAGGCUCACAGAGGACUGAAGCAUUACCCUCAGGCUUUGAAAGACUGGGAGUCUUGCCUCAGUGCUGCUCCAUCCCCAGAGGGAUAUUUCCGCAAAGCAAAGAUUCUCCAAGAGAUGGGUCAUGUAGAUGAAUCUUUGCAAGUCUUCCUUCAGUGUUUGGCUAUGGAUGAAAACUUUCACCAGGCCAAACAAGAGGUGGAAUUGAUUUUGCAUGACCUGUUAUCUCCAGCCUAUGAAAAUGUGAAGGUGGGUUUGAAAGAGUCAGCCCAGAACACCUCCCCUCACAUGCGCUGUAAAACCCUGGCAACCGAGGGCCAAGACCAAAACCAGCGCACCCAAAUGCAAGCCCAACGAGCGGUAUCCGCCCAUCUACCCCCUGAAACCUCAGAGAAACCAGGUCAAAGUGGAAGUAUAGAGCGGUCUGGCCUGAGCAGAGCUCACUCCAUUUGUGCUCACCGGAUGGUCGGGGCUGUAGAGGAGGGUCUUAAAAGAGUUAGCUCCGCCCCUCAGUUGGGUGACCCUGAAAAGGGGGCGCUACUUAAAAGGAAGCUUUCUGUGUCUGAAGCUGGGUCUGGCGUGGCUUACAGCCAUGGCAGUAAAUGUAAAAAGCAUGUAGUGACUGGCAGCACUGCUACUCCUGUGGUUACCAAGGAUACCAAGACCCAUCGAACCCUGCCAAAAGACCUGCUGGACCCAAAUGAUUUUGAAUGCUCCCUCUGCAUGAGAUUAUUCUAUCAGCCUGUCACAACACCCUGUGGUCAUACCUUUUGUAAAAACUGUCUGGAGCGUUGUCUAGACCAUAACCCACAGUGCCCUCUCUGCAAAGAAAGCCUCAAAGAGUAUCUUGCCUUUAGAAAGUACACAAUCACACGAGUGCUGGAUAACAUCAUUAUGCAGUAUCUAUCCAAGGAGCAUUCAGAGAGAUUAAAACUGCACACGGAGGAAACAAAAGAGCUCUCUGAUUUAACAAAGAAUGUGCCCAUCUUUGUCUGUACCAUGGCGUACCCCACUGUGCCUUGCCCCCUCCAUGUGUUUGAGCCACGAUACCGUCUCAUGAUCCGACGCUGCAUGGAAACGGGCACACGUCAGUUCGGCAUGUGCAUCAACGACCCUCAGAAAGGGUUUGUGGACUAUGGCUGCAUGCUCCAGAUUCGCAGUGUACAUUUUCUCCCAGACGGGCGCUCUGUCGUGGAUACAAUUGGCGGGAAGAGAUUUCGCGUUCUCUUGCGCGGAAUGAGAGAUGGAUAUUGUAUCGCCAACAUUGAGUAUCUGAAGGAUAUGAAGGUAAAUGGCGUGGAAGAAUUAGAGAAUCUACAAGUGUUGCAUGAUCAUGUUUACGACCAGGCCCGCAAAUGGUUCCAAAACCUGGAGAACCGUUUCAGGAACCAGAUCCUGCAGCAUUUUGGCCCAAUGCCUGAGAGAGAGGCUGAUAUCCAGGCCACACCUAAUGGGCCAGCGUGCUGUUGGUGGCUGCUAGCUGUUCUACCUGUCGAUCCUCGUUACCAGCUGUCUGUCCUUUCCAUGACAACUUUAAAAGAACGACUAGUUAAGAUCCAACACAUCCUCACCUACCUGCAGAACCUCCCUAGUGACUAGUGCUUCCUUACACACAUUGGAUUCUGAUGAAGAACUGUUAAGAUUCCAAGGAGACUCGACUGAAACCCCUGAACAGACUUUCGUCUGAUCUGGGGUCAGAUGUAACUCAUGCCAAGAGUUUUAAGAAUGAAGUAAUUUUCAUGGUGUCAUACUGAUCUGUUCAUCACCAUCUUACCUCAGAGAGCAUUGUUGUAAAGGAAGUCUGUCAUGUCUAUGUGGAUUUUAUUAGCACUAAAUCCUCUUCACUUUCAUUGAAUGGAAAAUAGCGACCAGGACACUCGCACAACACUACUUUUGUGUUAGGCUGUAGAAAAAUUUCAUAAGUUUGAAAUGACAAUACAGUGAGCAAAUGAUUAAAUAUUCCUUUAAGAGUUUUUCUGUUUUUUGAACACUGAUUUAAGUAGAAGAUGAAUGUUAGACAAAAUCCCCUCAUGUGCAAUUUAUUAAGUCCGUCGAACAAUCUGUCAGAUUUCCUUUAGACAAAACAGUCAACUUAAAAUAUUCUUCUGGUGCCCAAAGCCUCCAUACAGUGCUUUGCGUGCAGAAAUAUUGCUGGAGAGCUUUCCAACAUUUAAGACAUGAUCAUGUCAUGCUUUUGUGUGUGUGCAUUGAAAUAGACAGACAACAUCUUUCAUGCUGCAAGACAUUUUUGACAUCUUCAUAUAUCUUUUCCAUGUCAUUUAACUUAAACCUCUGGAUAAACGAAAGGCAGAUUUCUCACUUCAGAGCCUCCAUCCAAGCUUUCCGUCACCAUAACUGCCAAGCAUGCACAAGAGGUUGUUGUUGCACAGCAGCUGAGUUGCGUAAGACUGAAAGAACCCAAUCGAAGAUGAGCUUGUAUUAAUUGUGCAUUACUUUUGCAGUACUGGACAAUGUUGAAGCUUGCACAGUCCUGUUCUGUCUAUAACUUUUUGCUUAAAAAUGCUGACAAUAUUCUUUAUCAUAUCUAUUUAUUUCUGCCGAGGACAUGCACUCAUGAUAAGGACUUCCAAAUGUACUUAUAGGUCUCAGUAGUUUAGCCUCAAAUUUAUUGUAGGUUUGCUGUUGGUUUGCUUUGGUUCUCGGCCAAUCAAAAAAGAUAAAAAUGUGUCUCUUAGGUACAAUCUACACUCUGUCAGAUCCACUUCAACUUGUCAGUUUAAAGGCCUAGUUGUCAUAUCAAUGUAUUUUAACUAUGUUUGUACUAGAUAAAUUGUAAAGGGGAACUUGCAAUAAUUGGACUGAUGGAUCAGAACAGUCUAUGGUUGCUACUUGCAUUAUACUGUAAGGAGAUCCAACAAGCAUUCUGAAUAUUGACUCUUGAAUGCAAACACUUUAGCUCAUAGCUGUGUGGUGCUUGUGUGCAGACAAACUUUUGCCUUAUAAUGUUGCAUUCGGCUACCAUGGUAUAAUGCAUCGGCUUAGGGUUUUGCAUUCCAGAGAAAUAAUUUUGUGGUAUAAUUUACUUAAUUCGCCUCUUGGCCAAAAUUCAUUUCGGUGUGUAAAAUAUGUCAAAUAAUAGCUUUGUUGCAUGUAAAUCUUUUGUUUUGAAAAUAUUUUUUUUUUUUUUACAUUUCUUUGCUCAAAUAUUUAAGUUGUCAAUUUUCAAAUAAA